UGAAUGAAUGAAUGAACAAAGGAUCAUACAGUUCACUGAAGAGCCGAGAAACUGCAGCCGGUAGGCGGCGCCAUUUGCAGCUGUCGACUGCACUCGCAAAGUGUUUUCGGAUAUGGACAACAUGAAGGAAGAGGAGCUAGAAAACCAAGUGAAGAUACAGGCCCGAUAUUUCUCCCUAGCCUGGAAGUACUUUAUUAAAAACGAGAACAAUGGCACUGUGUAUUGCAAGCUGUGCAAGUCGACUUUUAAGUUCUCUUCAAAUACCGCAAACAUGAUCAAACACCUGAGAGUGAAACAUCGACUCCACGUCCCUGCUGUCGCCAGCGGUGGAGAAAGACUUUGUAUGGAGGAGGGGAUAGCGCAAGGCAGCACCGACAUGGAUCUCCCACCUCAAAGGUAUCCUGUAAAUCUCGGUGCGCCAAACUUUAGGAGAAGAAUGGAGCGGUUCCUGCCGUUUUCUGAUCGCCGCACGUCAAAAGUGUGGAACCACUACACUCAACUAAGUCUGCAUCGCGUCGAGUGCAACCACUGUAAGAGGCAGCUUUCCUUUCACAACAGCACCACAUCCAUGAGAGAACACUUGGGACGGAAACACAGCAUCCGGGAUGGAGCUGUGCCGCCUCACAACACCACAGACAUCUCCACCCCUAAUGCAUUACAUCCUCACAUAGGUCAGAGCGGUGUACAUGGUAACAGAUUAACAGCAUGUAACGCCGCAGGCAGUGCCGCCUUUCAGCCAGGGGUACCCGUUGCUGUCAAAGAGGAGCAGCAAGAGGUGCUGCUACCUGAGAUGGGGGAACCCAAACCUGCUCGGACCACAUGUGCCCCAGAUUGUGCGGGUGGAAGCAGCACCUCUACCUCGAAUGCCCUUCCCCACCAAGAUACGGAUAUGAGCUGCCUGAUGUACAAUUUUCCUUCAGGGGAGAUGAACAGCACUUCGGGAACUAGCGGCAACCGCAGCGGCACAAGAGGCUGCAGUAACAAGCGAGCAGAGGUGUUGACGGAUCUUAUCUUAGAGAUGGUGUUCAGAGACCUUCAACCAUUGUCGGUGGUUGAAGAAAAGGGAUUCAGACUCUUACUCAGUUGCUUAGAGCCUAACUAUCCUGUGCCUUCUCCGUCCCUGCUUGGCAGCUUACUUUGGCACCGCUACCAUAUUCUCAAACAAGUACUGCAGCAGCAUCUUCAGACUAGUCUCGCUUCUCAUUGUCUCAAUAUCUGCAUCGAGCAUUGGCGUUCUGUCGAAGGAUGUGGGGUCGGAGGGGAUGGGCGGUUCUACGUUAUGGUCAGUGCACAUUUUGUAGACUCUAACUGGCGCCUGGCACGUUGCGUGCUGGAGACGCGACCGAUACCAGAAAUCAAAGAAAAUUCAACUCAAAGAGGUCAUGCAAGAUUUGCAGACACCUUAAGAGCUGUUCUAUCCGAGUUCCAGCUUCCGGAGAAUUACGUCUUUUGCGUCGUCCACGACACUCCCCUUGGAACGGAGUUGAGGGGGCAAGAUAAUAUGACCAUUGAGUCGGAAUAUCAACAAGAAUUUUCAGGACCCAGCCAUCCACCUCCCAGUGAUCUUCCAGAAGGAUGGGCACCUCUACUUUGUGCAGGACAGGCCCUGAAACUGUGUGUCCAGGAAGGACUUUGUGUCGAGACUGUCCGACAAGCUCUUGCGGAUGCCCGCGCCAUCGUCUUGCAUUUUCAGCAUAAUGCGAAUGCUGCAACAGCACUGAGCCAGAAAGCCGAGGCUGUUAAUAAAGAAUCUGCAUGCCUGGUGCUGAACGACCCGGGGCGUUGGACCACCGCCAUUGAGAUGUGCGAGAGUCUCCUGGAACUCAAAUGGGUAAUAAGCUCAGUAUUAGAGGAGCAAAAAGUAGCAUCAAACUUAGCAGAUCAUCAGUGGCGUCUCAUACACGAACUGGUCCCCGUGCUUAAAACUGUCCGUAUCGCAGCAUCUUUUUUGAGCGAGGACAUCAAUGGCCCCAUUUCUGCCCUAAUGCCGUGUCUUCAAGGAGUGUCCCGGCUCCUUGGACAGAAAAUCGCCGAGUGCAGCUGUCCGGUGGUGAGAGGAGUCAUGGAGAGAAUUCGCGCCGGUAUGGACAAAUGCUGGAGUAUGAGUGACGAAGACGCUCUUUUGGACAGCCCGGCCGUACUGUCUUCAUUUCUGGACCCACGUUUUAAAGAGUUGCGGUUUCUCAGCCCGCAUGCCCGCAGCAAGCUGCAUGACAAGGUGAAAGAACUGUUGUCGGUCCAAGCUUACGCAAAUAAAGAAGGAAUGAAUGGGGAGAGGAUCCAAAGCAUAGAAAUGGAGGAACCCGUGGAUGAACCAGGAGAACCUGCCGAUUUCGGAUUAGAUGAUCCCUUGCCAAUGCCUGCCAUGGCUUCUUUGGAUUCUCCUGAAUCAUGUGGCUCCGCAGAGGAGGGCGACAUCUUUGAGCUGCAGCCAAGCGAGCCUUCUGUUGCGGUGUCAUCUCCGGAACAGGCCAACGAUGGCACGCUUGAGGUCGGCUCACCUCUCAAAAACAUCAAUGAACGUAAAAGACCUUCUAGCGGCACUAGAGCAACGUCGCCGCUGAGGGAAGAUUUACCGAUAACUUCAUGCAUACGGAUGAGACCUCUCCCGCAGAGCAUGUAUGAUAUUCUUCUAGGAGAGGACCCAACAGAACGAAUGCCCGAAAUUCACCAGCAGCUUGAAAAUUAUAUAGCGGAGCCCCUCUGCAGACGCAGCCUCUCGCCUCUUCAAUGGUGGCGUAACAAAGAACAUCGCUUCCCAGCUGUGGCCAGACUGGCACGAAAAUAUCUGUCCAUACCUGCAACUGCCGUUUCGGCCGAUCGGGCCUUUGCCCCAAGUGAAUCUCCGGUGACCCAAAGAAGGGCCACCUUGGGUUCUAAACACCUUGACCAUAUUUUAUUUCUCCAUCAGAACACUGAUUAUGUGGAUCAGCUAAAGGUUGGCCCCUCUGGACGAGAAACUGACCAGAGGAACAGUGUCGGUGGUAAUCAGAGCAGAGACAAUCUUUACCAGACUCUUGUGUCAUAUGAAAGUUAGAUUCGGACGUCUGAGGAGGAGCCGUGAGCACUGUAAGAAAAUCCUACUGUAUGAAAUGUAAUCACGAAUGUAUCAAUUUGCAUUUAAAAGACAUGAAAAAUCAUUUUAAAUAACCGAUGGUAGUUUUCAUUUUGUAUACAUAUGGUUAUUGCAAUUACAAUUGAUUACCACAGCUGUAAUUGUAACUCAGAUGAUUGUUUCAUUCAUUUUGAAGCCCAAAAAACACAAGCGUACUGUACUGCUAAAAAAAUUAUGACACUAACAUUUAAUAUCUUUGGUUGGUCGGAGAAUAUGUCAAUUUGCACAGCCAUUGUUUUGUGCUGUUUUACUAAAUCAAGAGUUCUUUACUGAUGUGAAGCAUUACGUAAUUGCUGUAUGUUAUUACAAAGUUAACUUCUGCAUCAGUUGUUACAAUAUUAUUGUCACUUUACAGUGUUGUAACUACACGUAAGCAUUACAUGGAAUGCGUUUUCAUGCAUGCAUUUCAACAUUAUUGUUCCCUUUCAUAUUUUAAGGGGGAUGUAUUAUGUACUUUAAUAGUAGUCUUCCUUACUUUAAACAGUAGUCUUCAGUGUACCACAUAGGUAGCAUGUUCCAAUGAAAGUGUUUUAUUAAAUUUUCUGGAGACUGGAAAUUGAAGAUGUUUUUGGUUGCUUAAUCAUACAAAUAAAGUAAAUCA